CGCAAUCUAGAAAUAGGGGAGAGAGCAGAAAUACACAGAGCUCAAUGGUGGAAAGAGAGGGAACGAGAUCGGUAGGAGUUUAUCGGCGGGGAGAUACGACGUCGGAUGAUGGAGGCUCAGCCGAGAGGAAUUCCUAAAUUCCACCAGGCUUCACAGUUUAGAGGGUAGAGCAGGAGCCAAUUCAAAGGGAGGAGCAAGGGACGUAGGGGAGUUGGAGAGGAAAGUACAGGGAGGAGAUGGGUUCAAGGAAUCUCAACCUUGACCUUGAUAGAGCGGCGGCGGAGCUGGAAUGGGGAUUGAGAUUGGAAGAGGGUGGAGGAAGAGAAGAGGCCGACGAGCAGCAAGCGAGGGAUGUCCAGACCGAGCUGACAUUGGGGCCGAGUCAUCUGUCCGCUGCAAGUCAGGCCCACUCAUUCGCCCAACUGGAGCUAGCUUAUACCAACAUGCAGAUGAAGGGCUUGAGGUUGAAAUGGGCCGAAGUACGAAGAAAGGAAGGGAACAAGUCAAGUGAGUGGGGAAAGACCCAAAUCCGGUUUUAAUGAGGAAGUUAUUUGGUUACUCAGCCCAGAAGGAUGGGGUUUUGUGGGUGGGCCUGGAGGGGAGAAUAGGAAAUAGAAGAACCAAAGGGAA